AUGAACGGCGCCCCAUGGACAAACGGUAUGACUCUCCGGCUGGAUCUUCAACCUUCACGUCAGGCCGAAUUGAGUGACCGACCGACCGCAAAUUGGCGGCGAUGAGGCUGGAGAACAGGCUGGCUGGAACAACUCGGCUACCUCGAACGCCUCAGGGGGUAUAAGCGAAAAGCGACUGCCGGCCGGUGGCCCGUCGAGUAGUCACCUAUACUUUCUCCAGCCGGUUUUCUCUCAUACGCGUCAAGCGUUCAAAAUCCCCCUCUUGAUCGCGCUUCUCUGCGUGUCUCAUCGUAUCUUUUGCGGCGUCCGUAAAUCUGCAUGAUAUCUGGGCUGAACCGUCCAGCUGUCGGCGACGGCACUACUGGUAGCGUCCUUUCGAGCGACGCCAUUCAAGCUUCGCUGAUUCACCCAACAACCGGUUGAUGCUUUCAAUUAGCGACCUAUCGCUUACACAAAAUGUUUCGCGCAUGUUUAAAUAUUCAAUCUUUUUUCCUUCCAAGCCUUCUGAGGAUCGUACCUCACGAGAACCUACCGCAAUCUCAUUAUUUUCCAAGUUCCGUGAAGCAUUUUUUAAAGUCUGAAAUGAUCAAAAAUUGAACUUCUCCUUCUCAUAGUUUAGGGCUUUUUGUGAAGCUUUUUGAAUCAUCAUACUUUUUUUGAGCACGCUUCGUUUUUUUUUAAGUCGAGAGUUUAUCGGUAAUGGCGCCGUUGUUUUGUGACUUCCGGAAAGUUUUCCUGUUCAACUGUUUGGACUUUCAGAGUUUGUCGCCUUGCAUUUAUUUUAUCUAGUAUCUUCCGAAUUUCGAUAUUAAUACCAAUUUUCGAGGCUGUUCUUCCAAUUUCUAGGUCUAAGUUGGUUUUGGAGUUAAAAUUCGAACAAAAUGCAGUCAUCCUUUCGUAAAGUUUUAUCUUGAUCACAAAAUCACUAACUUUUGUUCCACUCGAGUUUCAGUUGAUUAUAUAAAACUUUUGAGAGAACCAAUUUCUUUUCUAGUGCGUUUUUUGUCAGUUCUGGUAUUUCAAAAAUUCCCUUCAAGUUACUAAUUCGAACCUUACUCCGAAAGAUAUCCUUUAUUUUUGCCGGGAGAAUGAUUUAUCACUACUUUUUAUCGAGACUUAAAUAGGAAACUUUUUAUGAAACCUUUUUUUAGACUGUUUGCCUCUGAUUCCCACCUUGAGACAAUAUUUUUCUUCCACAACCUGCUGACAGCUUUUUUUUUGUUUCUUCAUCCGUAAAUGGCAAUUAUUAACCUCGAUCGUUUUUCCACAGGAUCGCUGCUUUUUUGGCGCUUCGGCGGGCGGCGGAUCGUCAGUGAGAUGCCACGACCCGUUGCGAAGUUUGCUUUCAGCCAUCGCCAAGCCGUUUGAUCUGCUUUUCCUGCCACACGCCCAUAUCUUUAUCCAUCCGAUAUACUUCCCCAAUUUGUUGCUUCUUUCACUCUUCUUUGCUUGGUUGUCUGGCUUCUGGAUUCGUUCAAUUUAAAAUCAUUUAUUGAUGGAAGGCUUUCAAAGUGAAUUCGGAAGACUAUCGGUUAUACAAUUUAUUCCUGUUUAAGUUGAACUUUGUUUCCAUUUUUUCCCGAUGCAAAAAGCGACUUUUCAUUUACAAUAUAAUUUUAGAUAAGUUCAAAUUAUCUGAGAAAUGUUAUCUUCCGAAUCAAUUUUCACUAUUGUUCAUUUCUUUAAUUUAUUUCUGACUUUCUCCUCGAUGACUCAUCUGAUUCUCCGUCACUUUGCCAAGUUUAAAAGUUUGUGUGUGAUACAGCAGGAAGCCACCAAGGCUGUGACCGUGGCGGGCCGAUCGCAUCGAAACUGGCUAGGAUUGGCAGUCGGCAUAUGAGAUCGCAAGGGAACUCAUGUUCCUGCCGACUUUCAUUCUUGCCCUUGUACUGCACACUUCGAAGGUCAGUUUCGAUCCAAAUUAAGUUUUUAACUUUUUCCAACCAUUUAUUCGAGGUUUUGAAAUUGAAAAAUUUCUUUUUGCUCGUUUUGGGGCUUGUUGAGCGAAAAGAAGCUAAAAUUUCUGAAAUCAAUCUGUCUGGUCAUUUCUUAUUUUUACUUUGUUCUCAUUUUCUCGUUGCGAGCUUUAGCUAGAUUUCAUGCAGUACAAUCCAACGUUCAGUGAAUCAUUCUUCUGUAAAACUUCAGCUCAGAGUCUAACAGAUUUUCACAAGAAAAAAUGAGAUGAACUUGAAAUUUGAGAGAAGCAGAAUUAAUGGCUUUUGAGCCUCAAUUCUGUUUGAGUUUGAAAAGCAAUAUUUGUACUUUUUAACUCUGUCGUUCAACAAAGUUUUUCCUAGUUUUUUUAAUUAAUCACGUACCAUCAGAAAGUUUUUCUAUCUUGUUGCGAUCGUUAUUUUUUUUUCCAAUUUUCCGGAAUAAAGAAACUCAAAUUUAACUCCUUUUUCUCGAUGAAUCGAAUGGCAAAAGGCGUUUCCACACGCAUUUAAGAUCGAAUCGCCGAAGAGGAACGGGAACACUUUUUUUCUUUUUUUUUUCGGUUUCAUGAGAGCGUACGCAACUUGGGAAUUUGCCAUUCAAAGCUGUCGGGAAUUUUUCUCACAUAGUGUUCUGGGAAUAAAUUCUUUUACAGUAGUGUCAUAAGAGGGCUUUUAUAAAAAUUGGAAGCUCUUGCGCUAAGGCAAAGAUUCAAAAAAAUCAAAAUAUUAAAUAUGGUUUUUUUACUUGAUUUUUUUAAUAUAUUUUUUUCAUAGAAUUUUUUUCAAUUCAACUCAAUUCAUGACAGAAAAGAAAGGUCUCAGCUCGAAUCAACGAUAAAACCUAAAUCAAAAUUUUUUUCUGUUUCAGGCCCUCCAUCACAACUUGAACUCUCAGGAAUUGAAACAAGUUUUUGGAGUUAAUAAUAAACAUGAGGUAAUUUUUUCCUUGUCAUCGGAUGAUCUCAAAGUUUUCCAGGUACCUGAAUAUAGCUUAAUAGACGCGAAACGGGUUCGCAAUAAAAAUGGAGAUCUCAAAAUACGGUUUUCGGCGUGGAACGACACUUAUCACCUCCACCUGAAGAAAAACUCUCGGAUCGUCAGUCCGCACGUUGUUUGUUGAAACCUCAAAACAGGAAAUCUGAUAUUUGAAUUGUCAACCAGGUGACGGUGAUCCGCCAAGGCGACAAUGUCACUCAGUUCAACGGCCUUCAGAACUAUCGCCACUGUCAUUAUCAGGUUCUUCGCAUAACCACAGGGCCCAUGACGCAAUUGAUAUGAUACGUCAUUUUUUGUUUCGUCGGCUUUCAGGGGAAAGUGAAAUCGCAUGGAGAUCGCGCGGCGGCUGUCUCGGACUGCGGCUCUCUCAUGGGGUCUUUAAUAAUGGAAGACCACUUUCUGGUGCUUCAGACGGUGCCCAACCGCGUCAGACAUCUGCAGGCGCGUUUUUCCGCGACAAUUGAAGAAUUCAAGGAUUUUGACGGUUUUAGAAAGAGCAGCAUCUUGUUUUCAAACGCGCCGCUGGGCUGCUGAGUGACACGGAAAGCCGUAUAAGAGAGGAGAUCUCGCGGCUUCAGGAAUCGCAGGAAUCUUUCUGUGACACCAGUGAAUCGCUCGACGAUCCCACCUCAUGUAAGCCAACCGAAGCGGAUCUCUGACCGCCACGGAAAAUCGUAAAAACCACCCGGUUCAGCUCAAUCCCUGCAGUUCAAUUACACAGUGCCUGCAUCCGGUCAACUCGAUUCACCAUUCAUUUUCCCAAAUAUGGAUCCGAUAACGCUGGAAAUCGGAUUAUUUUUGGACUCCAAGCUUUUUGAGCAUUUUCAAAGGUCGGAUUGAAGGAUCUAACAACAACAAAAAUUUGUUUCGCUAUUUUGAGAUCGAUCAGAAAAGAGUAUUCAAGUUUCUUCAAAUUAGAGAAUCAAUAAAGUCUGUCUAACGGCUUCUUAAUCAAAAAAAUUUGGUAGAAAAUUAUAUUUAAAAAAACAGAAUCAGAAAAAAAAUUGUCUCUGGAAAAAAAAAAAGUUAUUCAUUGCCAAUGAUCAUUUAUUUCAGAGAAUAUAUCCAAGACGCUGAACAACAUCUUUUGGAAUUUUCUCUGGCAUUGAUCAACAAUGUACACGUUUUGUACCAACAAGACACCCUGACGCCAAAUUUGGACAUUGUGAUCGUUCGCUACGAGAUGUGGAAAUCCCAGCCGGUUUGUUCUGACCUUUGGUUACGCGAUUCUUCAAAGAAAAAAAAAGGGAAAACAAAAUCGCAGGAUCAAAAAGAGACAGAGACAACCUCAGAUCGUCAAUAAAAAAACCUUAUAAUUUAUAAUACAUGGACGAAAUUCUCAUUUUCGCUGCAAAAAUAAAUUGAUCCAGAAAGUGUACUAACAUCUGCUCGAGGUUUUUGUUCACAAUUAAUGAAUGAAUGAAUUAAUUUUUAAUUGAAAAAAACUUGCAGAGCGCUUUGGGAACCCUGGUACACCGAAACGGACAGGCUCAAAGUCUUCUGGACGCGUUUUGCCGAUAUCAAGCUCACAUGAAUCCUGGGACAGAUUUGACAGACAUGCAGCACUGGGAUCACGGAGUUUUGCUCACAGGGUACCCGUUUUUAUUAUUAUGUGAAAAAGAAAUAAGUAGAUCUUUUUUGAAUUGAAAGCAAUCCUAGUAGAUGCUCAAAAAAUCUAGAAAUCUUUGAAACAAAUUUUUCGAUUUCUAUCACCAGUUCACGCUGACCACCCCGAAUAGUUAGAGUAAGUUUUGAGAGGAAUUCUGAGUUAUUUUUGAUUUACUCGACGCAGAAAAUGAAUAAUGAAUUGAUGAUUUUUAAGGCAAAGAGAUUUUGAAAUGUGAAUGGUAGAAAAGAAGGAAGUUUUUUAAAUUUGUCUUAUUUUUACUCAUAUCUCUUCGUUCAUUUACAGCUACGACAUUUAUCACACUACAACAUCCGUAGCAGGGGUGGCGCCAGUGGCCAGAAUGUGUGAUCCGCUUUUCGCAUGUUCCUUGGUUGAAGGCCUCCAUCUUGGGCGCUCGUUUGUUCUUGCUCAUGAAAUGGGCCACAAGUAAGAAUUUUUUUGAAAAAUUGAGAAAAAUAUAACCUUUAAGCAUGGGAAUGGUACAUGAUGGGGUGCAGAACCAAUGCAGCAAGUCGUGCUGUUUGAUGUCGGCGGUCAACGGCGCAGGAAAAACGACGUGGUCGGAAUGCUCCGUCAGAGAGUUCAACGCUUUCCUGCUUCAGCUCGAGUUCGUUUUUUUGAUUAUCUUUGAGACUUUCUUGAGCUUUUUUGAAAAAUUUAUAACGUGUCACAUUAGUAGAUCGCACAUAUUGAUCUUUGUGGUCUGUAGAUUUCUUACUAUUCAAAAAAGUGUGAACCUACCGGUUCUCAAAUUCUCCUACAAAAACACGACAUUAAAAUUAUGAUUUUCACCUGCUUUCUUGAAUUUUUAUUUUAGGACGCCAUGUUUUACUCACGUUUUUUUGACUGGUUUCGUUAUAGUGUUUUUUUAAUUCCUAUUUUUUUAUUUUUUUAAACUUCAGUACCGGAAUUUUUUUCUGCUCGCCAUUUUUCUUGUUCAAAAAUUUCUUUUUGAGCUAGAUUCCUAGAUAAAUAUCUCAGAAAAAAACAAAUUUCUUAAAAUAAAAUCAUGUAUCUUUGCUCUCAUAUUUCUUUCCUUUUUAAAAGUAUCAAUUUAUCAUCUGCAGUGAAUCCGGCAGAGGAAACUGUCUCCGAGAUGCGUCACCAGGCCUUCUGACGACUAACCAUCUCAGUGACACUAGGUCCAUUUAUGUUAGAAUAGUUUCUGGAGCAUCUUUUUUUUCCAGGCUCCCUGGUCAACGGUUUACAGCUGAUCAGCAGUGCUCAUACUUCUGGGGACGUGAAUACAAGGUGGAAAUACCCAACGGACGGUCCAUGGAUGUGAGAUUUGAGAGAUAAUUAUUUGAUAAUAAUGAAAAUUUCAGGAUAUCUGUAGAAUACUGUGGUGCGGAAAUAGCGGCUCUACGAUUUCAACAGCUCAUCCGGCUCUGGAAGGAAGUUGGUGCGGUGAUGAAAAGGUUUCCAUCUAGCCAUCUUGAAAAUUUUCAACUUUUGAGAAAAAAAUGAAAAGCAGCAUUUUCUGAGUGAAUCUUGUGACGAAAAAACAUUCGUAUAGAAUAUUGCAACUUCAAAUUUCAAAAAAAAAAGUUAUAAAAAAGCAAGUUGCGGUUAUGCUACUAUGAAAUCGAUAGUUAUCAUCUCUACAAAAAAUUAGUCGAACUUUUUCAGGGAGACCCGUGAACCAUAGGAGAGUAGCUUCUGUUGUUUAUUUUCAAUAAAGCAAACAAAAAAAUCACGAAGACUACGUCAUUAAAAUUACCUUAGAAUCUCUAUCCUUUUUUCAGUGGUGCCACAAAGGACACUGCAUGUCUUGGCAAUUUGGGGAUCAACCCUUACCAAUCGAUGGAUCUUGGUCAGAAUGGGGUGGAGCUGAGAAAUCUUGUCCCAUUCAACAAUGUCAGGUCACCGGAAGCAUCGUAGUGCAGCCUCAACACCGAGACUGCGUCAAUCCCGCGUUAGUUUCUUAUAUUCAUCUAUUAAUUUGGUUGUUAAGAAAUAAUCAAUCUCUAUUAUAAUAAGCCUUCUCCAAUUUUUUUGCUUUGAAAUAUUCAUUUGAAUCUUAUCAGAAUUCGAUACCUGGAAAUGUUACUUUGCAGGCCUAACAACGGCGGUCAAACUUGUCGAGGCGCAUCGAUCCGUGGUAUUGUUUGUGGAUCAACCAUCAGUUCUUGUCAAGGUAGAUAUUCUUUUGAGUUUUUUUCUUUAAACGUGAAAGUUAAAAUUAAAAGCGGAAACGAAAAUCGGUUGAGAAUCCACAAUUGUGAAAGUUUUCAAGUUUUUCAUUAAAUUUUGUUACUUGUUGGUAUUUUGUGUUUUCCAUUUUGAAAUCUCAGAUUUUUUCUUUUUUUCUAAUAUCUGUUUUCAGGCUACUCGAGGGAAGAGUUUGGAAACAAAGUCUGCUCUUCGAUAAAAUACGAUCCCCAUAAACCAGAUCAUCAACUCACUGGAGAGGGCUUUGAACGUUGGUUCAUUCUCUAUUUUUUUCAAUUAUAAAAUUCUUUUGGAGAUUGAAUUCAUCACUUCAGAUUCGACCCAGCCGUGCCGAGUGUGGUGUCAUUUAAUCGAUUCCGAGUUGAUCAGAAACAAAGGCCAAUUUCCUGACGGAACUCCUUGCGGUGACGGUUCUUUCUGCGUUGGUGGACAAUGCUUGGUAUGAUUAUCACAGGUUAUUUGAAACAGAGAAAUGAAAUUUAGGGCCUUUCCUGUGAUAGUAAAGGCUUGGUCGAAUUGGAAGAAGAUUGCCCGAGACUUGAUGAGCGGAGUACUUUUGAGUGGCAAGAGUGGUGAGUUGCUGACUUUUUUUUUUCUGUACUUCAGUUUUCUCUAGAAACCGAUAAUUUCACUCUUAACGUGUAUUAGUUAGAUAACUUAACAAAUUUUGACACUUUUCAGGUCCAACUGGUCGGAAUGCAGUAUUUCUUGUGGAAUCGGAGGAAGACAAAUACGUAAGCGAGAGUGCUCUUUGCCUCAAAAAUGCAAAGGUUUGGAAUUGAUUUCUUUUUUUAUCACAGAAUUCACAUAAUUCCAGGAAAGUUCGAAGAUUCACGAGAAUGCUUGGGCAUACCUCUCGAGUGCGAAGAGUAUGGAACUUGGCAAGAAUGGAGCAAAUGCACAAAAAAAUGCGGCUUCGGCGUGCAAGUUCGGUACCGACAAUGCUUGUCUGGCAAUUGCGAACAGUCUCUUCUGGAACAAACCAGACCUUGCGACAAUGUAAGUCUACCUUUCUGACUUCGUUUUUGGUCUGUAAGACGGCUUGUUAAAACAUAUUCAGGAAGGUUGCUGGGCGUCUUGGCAGGAAUGGUCGGACUGCUCUAGAACUUGUGGAGGAGGAAGGAGAUACCGUGUCAGGUGACACUUUCAAAAAAGGAAAUUUCCAAGAAUCAGCAUCUUAGGAAGUGUCUGGACGACAAAUGUGACGAAGAUUCGGUCGAAAAGCAGCUUUGUAACAGUGAAAAGUGUGUGGAGCAGACCUGGGGAGACUGGUUGCCAUGCUCGGUUUCCUGCGGAAUUGGCUUCCAGAUUAGAGAAAGGUAUGUUCAAAUGUUGAAAAAGUACUGAAUUUUCGAAGAGGGAUAUUUUUUUUGGUCUGAUUUUUAAAACUGUUUGCAUAUAAAAGUUUUUUCGCGCUUCUUCAUGUUUUUUUUUCUCGCACAAAUAUGGUUUUCAACAUCUCAGUCCAUUUUAAACGUUUUCCGCGACAAAUUUUGAAAAAAAUUUUGCUAGUUUGAGAAUUGUCGCUUAAUCAGAUCUGUUCGUCGAGUCUUGAUUGAAAACCCUGCUUUCUUUCUGAUUUUUUUCGAACUACCCAUAACCCGAUGGGUUUAAGAUCUGGUUAUUUCAAUGAGUCAUCGCUAUGUUUCUCAACCCAAGCUCUAGAGAAAUACCUUCAAAAAAACAUUUAUUUUCCAGACUUUGUGACGGCCAACUCUGUCCAACUGCAAAUAAACAAGCAAGAACUUGCAAUCAACAGGUAUCUAUCAGGAAAUAAUACAGCCUAUAAAUCAAAAUGACUUCAGCAAUGUCCUGUGGUGACGUCAGUCGUCAUCUGGAACGAGUGGACCGAGUGGUCAACCUGUACAGAAACAUGCGGGGAGGGCGUUCAGACACGUGAAAGGACAUGUAGACGUGGUAUCUUUCUUUCUCUUUUUUCUUAAAAUUUUUUAACUUGAAAAGCGUUUUCUGAGAACGUUUUGUUCGAUAAGAAAAGAAUAGAGAUCAGGUAAUGAGGGGAUGAGGAAAGCUACUUCGCCUCAAAACCCAAAAAUUUUGACAACUCUUCGAGAUGUUCUGUAUUAAGAGUAGUCCGUAGCAUUCUCAGUUUCUCCAAAAAAAGAAAGAAUUGGAAAGUUUUUGUUUACUACAGACAAAAAGUUGGAUCAGUCAAUCGUAUCAUCUUGCCCUUGCUCAAGGCUUUCCUUUUCUCAAAAACUUUGAUCAACUGGAAGUCUUGUUAGAAAAUCGAGAUAAUCAAAAUUUUGCAAGCUGCUUUCUGUUUCAAGCUUUGAGAAUCCUGUUUCAUCAAUCUAAUACUUCAAAAAAAUGUGUGGUCAGGAAACUGCGACGACGCCGACUCGACGAUGCAACGGCGCUGCGUGAACGGACCUUGUGAAGUGUUAAUCCGCUGGUCUGAAUGGUCUUCCUGUGCUUCCUGUUCCUCUUUCGAAAGCCGAUCUCGCUCAUCUCUAUGCGACGACGACCAACCGGAAUGUCAAAGUCAGUUUCACUAGUUGGACUUUGACAAAAAGUUAGGAGAUUUGAUUUUUUGAGUUAAAGGGAAAACUAUACAACUCCGAAAGAAAAGAUGAAAAAAUCGCUUUCUUGAUCACAGCUUCUUGCAUAGAAUUCAAUAUUUUUGAGAAGUUCUGAUUGCGUGAUGUUUUUAAAUCUCUGGUGAAAAUUCAGUUAUCAGAAAAUGCUCAAAAAGAAGUGUUUUAAUAACUUCUUCUCCAAUCGUUUUUUUUUUCAACAGAAAAAAGUGAAGAAGAAAGUUGCGAUAACGUCUGUCUUCGUGAAAGGUUUAUCAGCAAACCAAGGCUCAUAACGGGAGUAGAUCUCCGCAAGGUACUCGAAUACUUGGCAGCCUUUCAAAAGUUCUUUACAGGCAUUUGGAAAACCCAACCUUCCCAUUGAGAAAAUCAAAAAUAAAGCAGAAUGGUCGGGGUGGUCUCCGUGCAGCGUCACCUGUGGAACUGGAAUGCGUUUCAGGUUUUUUUUAUUUAAUUUUUGCUUAAAAAAUUUUUAUUUCUAGAAGUUUGAUGUGUCCUGAAGGUAACUGUCAAAAUGCUGCUGAUCGUCAAGAGGAAGAAUGUAGUAACAACUCCUGCCUAGGUUUUCCAUUACCUUUCUUUCAAGUUUCAAAAAUCAUUUUCUUCAGAGUUAUUUGUUUGGAGCGACUGGUCAAGUUGUUCUGUCAGCUGUGGUUUAGGAAUCCGAACAAGAAGAAAGUUGUGUCUUUUCAAUGGUCCCCAGGUGAGUGCUUGAUUCAAUCUUUUCUGAUUGGUCACCUGGGAACUACAAAAUUAUCACGAUGAAAAAAAUCAAUUUUAGUGCGCUGCUGAAGUGGAACACGUCAGAUGCGAUAGCAUGCCGGAUUGUACCAACAAUGUUUCCAGAUUCAGCUUUGCUAGUAUGUUUUUUUUUGUGGUUCUUCACACCGUUUGAGGGAUAAAUGUUAGAAAACAUUCAAGUCCGAAAUUUCGAUAGAGUAUAUUAUAUCAACAAAUACCAUGGAGAAAAGUUUUCAGCUCCACGCUGGUCGGAGUGGUCUUCCUGGAGCGCUUGUUCUUGUUUCUCCUUGACUUCCACUCGAAGGAGAUUCUGUCAGGUCAACGACCCGGCGAUUCAAGGAUUUUGCGCUGGGCCGAUUCUCGAACAGAUUCCUUGUGUUCCAAUCGUGAGAUUCCGCUUGGAAAAAUGAGGAUAAUGAAAUUGGAAUCCGUUCAGAGCUGUUCUCCUUCGGCCGGAUCUUGGUCAGGCUGGUCAGAAUGGUCUCUGUGCUCAAGAGAUUGCGCCGGAACUGGCCAUCAAAUCAGGAAUCGCAUGUGUAGCGAACCUAUUCCCUCAAACCGGUGAGAAACAAGUGAAAAUAGAUAUGAAAAGUGAAUACCUUGAAGCUCUUCGAAAUUUAGAUUAGUUUUUUUUUUUUGAUAGCAGAUAAAGGUACAAGGGUUAUGAUUUUUUUAUGAUUGCGGCGUUUUUCUAUUCUCUUUUCAUUACAGAAAGGAGGUCAUUUCAGUUUUCAAUUUAAAAUAAUUUGAAAAAGUGGUUUGAAAAACUCACUAACCUUGUGCAACUUCCUAGUUUUUAAUGAAUAAAUGCUCAUGACUCAAAAAAAAGUCAUUUCAAAAAGUUUUUAGGGUUUGCUUCUACUUUGGGGAGUCUUUGUUAAAAAACCAGGAAUCUCUGCUAGACUUCUGAAUCUUUUUCUGAUACGUCAAUGAGUGGUCAAUUUUAAGGAUAUUCUCAACCGCGAAUUGAAAGAAGCUUACAUGCUAGAAGACUUGUUUGAGAGGAAAUGCGCAUUGAAAUAAUGAAAAGUCAAUCAAAGUUUGUUACUUUAAAAUAUUUUUUACAAAGGUUUGGGAAAGUUUUGAUAAAAUAAUAAUAAUUGAAAGUUUUGUGGUCGAGGUUUUGACAAUGAUCUUGUUCUUGAUUUUCAUCCGAAUUUUCAGAGGGGCUUACUGCUCUGGGUACUCGUUCGACCAGAGGGCUUGCGUGAUGAACAUGGCCUGCGGGAAAAGAGUCGACGGCGGCUGGACGGAAUGGACCGAUUGGAGCGAAUGUACCGACCACUGCCGCAACGGUCAUAAAAGCAGAACGAGGUUAAAAAAAGUUUGGACGCAGACUUUAAACACUUUUUUCCAGGUUUUGUGCAAAUCCUCGUCCUUCUGAAGGCGGCAAUCCAUGCCUCGGUUCAGAUUUCGAACUUCAGCCUUGUUUCGAUCCUUCGCGGUGUCAUUGUUAGUUGUUUAAAAGUUUCACAAAGCUGUUGCAUGUUGGUGAUGGGUUCUAUGGUUCUGUUAGUACCCGAUAUUUUGUUUCUGGCGAGGAACGUCAUUUUCCUUUGCGGUUGGAAAAGUUAAUAAUUUCAACGAGAAUUCUUCUUGAUGUAGCGGAUGAGAAUUCUUGAAAUUUCAGCCUGUGAAUCUUCCUUGUUUUUGAGAAACCACCUCAAAGUCGAUAAAAAACCCUAAAAAUCUAUCGAAAAGGCUUUUUUGAGGCUUUAAGCCCUAAUUUCUCAAAAACUGGAAGUGAUCUUUUGGUUUGAGUGAAUUCACAACCGCAAAGUAGAAUCACCUUUCUCGUGAGCUUCAAAUUUGCUGUCUGAAAGCUCAAAAACUUUCCUCAUGACUGAAUCGAAAAUUUAGAAAAAAUUUUCAAAGUUUAAUAUUUUUUGAAACUUGUCGUAAAUAUGAUUGUGCAGCUUUCAAAUCCAUUGAUUUUUCGAAAUUCAUAUUCUGCUAGCUGAUCGACGUACUUUUCCUUGUUCACUCGCUCGGUUGUUCACACCUUUGUUUGGGCACGCUUUCAGCUAAAGAAGGUGCAUGGGGAGCUUGGUCGGCUUGGUCUGAAUGUUCUGCGGAGUGCGGAUUCGGAGUUCAGUCGAGAGAGCGCACUUGCAGUUCGCCGAAGCCUUCUGGAGGCGAUUCCUGCGUCGGCGUCGCUCAUCAGACGUCGCUCUGUCAGCUCCCCGCUUGCGAUCACGGUAUCUUCGUUUUUAUUUCUUCGUUUCAAUUAUUUUCUCAGUCUUCGCUUGCAUGUCACUGCCCGUCUUUUCAGAUAUUGUUCACAUGAAAAAAUUUUCAGCGAUAUAACUCUCGUAAUUCAGAACAUUUUUAAAAAAAUUAAAAAAAUUUUCAUAUCAAAAAAAUGUUUGGUGAAGAUGAAUGUUCCUGCAACAAAAAAACUAAAAUCUGUAAUAUAAAAAGCUUAUCAAUUUAUUUUUUUACCCCAACUGAGAGAAAAUGAUUUACAGUGAAUUUUUCCAAUAAAACAAAUAAAUCUUAUUCACUCUAUCACCAAAUUUCGAAAAAAAAAAUGAAAUCCCCUAAAAAUUCAGCGCGAAGAUCAUUGAAAUCGCAAUGUUUUUUCGUUCAGAGUAGAAAAAUUUUGCAUGAACACUGCAUGUUUUUGGUUGCAAAAAUGCACAAAAGAUCCUUCCGAAAAAAAAAGAAUAAUUUAGAAAACGACGGAGAAUGGUCGGCUUGGAACGAAUGGUCUCAUUGUAUGGGCAACUGCGGGUUUGGCACAAGAACGAGGUUUUCCAAAAGUGCAUUUGUAAACAUGAAAACGUGAUAAGAUAAGAUAAUGAAAUACGUUUCAUUUUGUACAAAGCUUGGUUGAUAACAUUUUGAAGUUAUCAUCAGCGUGAGUUUAGUCAAAGGUAUUAUAAAAAGGAUUUAGGCGAGUUUUCUGAACUCAAAGAAUUUCUGACUUCGGGGGAUUUAUUCAAAGUCGAAAAAAAAGUUGAACAAAAAUUAUUUUUGCUUCAAACGCCGCAAAGUACGUUUUUGAACCUUCUCGAAAACCUCGUCAAAAUUAAAGUGUAAGUAAAAAAUUAUAUUUUUUCUCUUUUCAAAGAAAGGUAUUUCCAAGUGCGUGACAGCAAAUAAGAAAUCAUUAGAACACCAAAAAGCCUAGCAAAAUCUUCUUUUUUCAAGCUCUACAAGAAAAUUAUUCCAGGUUACGAGCAUGUGUCUCGCCACCAACUUCCGGCGGAGGUCAACCUUGCUUUGGCAGAUCUUCAGAAUCUGUCGAAUGCCUAUCUCCGGCGAUAUUCUGCUCACCUUUUAUUCGUUCUUCACACCUCGUUGAUGCUCAUUUUCUCGAAUUAGAAUCGUAGCAUUAAUUUAUUCAAAAUUGUUCAUGUAUUUUCUAAGGGUAGCCUGACAUCACUUGAAAGAUGAUCGAAAUUCUUUUAUUAGGUUCCAAAGCCCUUAUGUGCAUAAUAUCUGCUUAUUUUGAACUACCAUUUUUCAAUUUCUAAUUUAAUAUUUAUUGAAUUUAAAUGUACAUUUCUAUUUUAGGUCAUGACUAGUUGUUGCUUUCAUUGAUUUGCCUGAAAAAGCCUCGUUCCAUUUCGAAUGAUCUCGUGUCAUCUCUUUCACGACAGAAGUCAAACUCCAAUCUUUCACUUUUUAAUUUCACCACGUGUAAUAAUUUUAGAAUUCGAAAAUUAUUAAGUUAUCUUUUUCUGAUAAAUCAUGCCUUUUUUGCUCACCUCUGAGUAGAAAUGUUUUGACACGAAAAUUCAAGUUUCGCAUGAAGUUUUGAAAAAACUCGGAAGCACAGAUCUCCAGAGGCUAUGAAGAUAACCAGAAAUUGAUUUUGAGAAAUAAAUUUUUAGCUAGUUAGUUGAAAAAUUGAAAAUUAAAAUGAUUGACAAAAAAACGAUAAGAAGAAUUAGAAUUAAUACUGACUAUUUUUUUCGCAUCAUCUUCUCUUAUACGUUUUUUUCUCUUAGAUUUUUUUGACUUCUGUAUAAGGUUUUUAAUAGUAUUCCAUCUUGUAAUUUGUAAAAAAAAGCAUGAAAUAACUUUCGAAAAAUGAAGAAAAAAAGUUUUUCCUACUUUUAACAGCUACAGAGUUGGGGAAAAACAACUAAUCAAAUCAAUGACUAUCUGAAAUAUGUUCCGAUGACAAGGAGACGAACUCGCGCAUUUCCCCUUAUCUAAUCAAAGACGAGGGAAGAACUUUGGUGUGCACCAACAUCGCCGUUUUUUUCAGAAGGUUAUGCGUCUACUUUUGGUCUUCUGUGUCAUUUUUCUAAUCAGACUAGUCAAUUGCGCAAAAAUUUUAGUCUACUGUCCCUCAAUCAGUAAAAGUCACGUUUUGCUGUGUGCAAAAUACGCAGAUGCUCUUCAUAUUGGCGGACACCAAGUGGUCAGCUUUUUUGAGUUAUCCAUUUUCAUCCUGCUGUUCCAGGUGUUUUUCAUUCCAAGCUAUACCUCUGCUUUAGACAAUUAUUCCCCCGCCAAACAUGCAGAGACGAUACGUGUAACAAACAUCAGUUCGUUAGUCUAUCUAAAUUCUUUAUCUUCGUUGAGGUUGAAGGUGACGCCUUCGACAAUGCUUUAUCGGAAAGCGAGUGGACUAAAGUACUUGCCAGCCAUGAUCUGGGAAUACUCAAAAAGAUCUAUUUUGAUUCACAGUGUUGGGUGAAAAUGUGUGAAGGUUCAGUUUUACUUUGUUUUUGAAGGAAGCCUUUUUCUUUUUAGACGUUUUGAUCCAUAGACAUCGGCUGGAUUUCCUGCGAGAUUACAACUUUGAUUUGGCUUUCGUAGAAGACAUCGACUUCUGCAAUUUCGGAGUUCUCGAGUAAAAUGAUGAAAGUAUUUACCGUUAAUAAUGUUUUUAUUGAGAUACCUUGGCAUCAGAAACACUGUUUUGCUUUCAAGUGAAGCCCUCAUGGAUUAUAUUGCCUAUGACAACGGUUCAUUUUGAAAAAUUAACGUAAAAAACUUAUUUUCUCCCAGGAAUACCGUCUCCUAUUUCUUAUGUGCCAUCUAUGGAAGAAAAUGCUCUUUCUGAUCAAAUGAGUUUUUUGGAGCGCUUGAAAAAUACUUGGAAGUACACUUCUGCUAAUAUCGCUUUUCGUGCAGUUUCGGAUAGAAUUCAUAAGGUUUUAUCAAUAGAAAUAUUUUUUUAGCUGUCUCCUUUAGGUUUUUCAAAAGCACAUAGAACCUGAUUUCCCUCAUGUGAGUGAUUUGGUUCGGAAAACCAGCUUCAACUUUGUGAAUACCAACGAGAUGUUGGACUUUCCGCGUCCGAUUUCACACAAAUUCGUCUUUGUCGGAUUGCUAGGAGCUAACAAAACCUUUGAAAUAAGCCCUGUAAGUGUACCUUUUGAUGAGCCUCUUUCGAUUGGUCAGGAACUGGACGAAAUAUUGAACAAAAGUGAGAAAGGCUCUAUCUACAUUUCAUUCGGAACUGUGGGGCCUUUCCACUUGAUGCCAGACAAUGUGAGAAUGGCAAUUUAUAACACUAUCGUCAAGCUUAGAGAAUACCAAUUUCUUCUGAAAACUGCGCCAGGUGAGUUAAAUUAGCUCAGUGUUCCAUUCAAUUCAUAAUAUUCAGGAGACAAAACUACGAAACUGUUAUUCAAAAACGUCAGAAAUGUAGAACUUCUGGAGUGGGCUCCCCAAAUCGCCGUUUUGAGUGAGCCACUUGGAUCCUUUUGAAAAUGCGAGCCUUUUUCAGAGCAUAAAAACGUGAAAUUGUUUGUGUCUCAUGGUGGGAUGAACAGUGUACUUGAAGGAAUGACUUUUGGGACACCUAUGAUGGUAAUUCCUAUCUUCACAGACCAAUUCCGCAACGCCAAAACAGUUGAGCGACGAGGAUCUGGAAAAGUUAGGUUAUCAAAGAUUAUCGUUAAACAGUUUUUCUCAGAUGGUUCUGCGUCAAGAUGUCACUAACACUUCCUUUUUUGAUGUUAUCAACACAAUCUUGGAAGAUCAGAAGUGAUUAAAUUAUUUAGUUCCCCAUGAUGGCUCCCUUUUCAGGUACUCCAACAACGCCGCUCGACUUUCCAAGUUGAUGCUGAGCCGACCUUUCUCUGCUGAAGAGCGUCUUUUGUAUUGGACUGACUUUGUCUUGAAACACUCUCCGUUCGACAAUCUGAACCUUCAAUCUGCGAAUAUGAGCAUAUAUCAUUAUUUUCAUUUUGAUUUGUUUGUUCCAAUUGUUUUUUUAUUGAUUGUUUUUUUCAGUUUUCCUCUUAUUUUGCAAAGACUUUGAUAGUGUCCAUUCGAGAAUGGAGUGAAUUUUGGAAGAUGAGAGGAAUUUUCGAUAACUGCUUAUAACUAGAAACAACAUCUAAUUUGGAACUCUGAAACGGCUCGACAUGGUUCCAUUUUUUUCCUCUGGCUCGAAUUCUCUCAUUUUUUGGAUGGAAUUGUUUUUAAAAAUUUUUUUUUUCAAAAAUUCCUGAUUAAAAAAAUUAUUUGAAACAACUUUCUUCCCUCUCACAUAGCGCGAUGGACAUAGAGCACUGGAGCUUUACAAAAUGCACUCGUAACUGAAUGGUUGAAAACUAAAAAUAUUAAACCGAUUUUCUCGAAAGGCUUCAACUUGACUGACUCACUAAAUUCCAAUUUUAGGUUCUUUUCAGAGAUAAUUUAUUUUGUGAAUUACGAAGGAAAUCGCCAAAGUUUCCGCAAAAAGCUGAACUGAAAAUUGAAAGGGAGCUUGUUUGGUAGGAAUGUUUCAAGAGAAAAUUAGUAGAAAACUGACUUUUCCCGAAAUCCAGUCAAAGUGGUUUUCGCCUUGACUUGGAUCUCAGGGCAAAAAGUUCGAACUGAGAAAAAUGAUCAAUUAUCGAAAUAAUUUUCAUAAAGAGUUCGGAAGUCAGAUGUAGCUUGUCUGAGAUAAAAUGGAGAGACAUCGAGUUGCUCAAGGCGGUCCGAGUACUUUGAGGAAAGGCUGUGUGAAGAAAAAUGCUGACUUAUUAAAACAUAGAUUGACGCCAAAAACAUGAAAAAUUAAACUUCAUCAAAAGAGUAAACUUGAUUCAAAGUUUUUCAAAAAAUGUUUCAUUUAUCGAAAAACGUAAAGAACUUUCGAAAAAGUCACAUUCUUAUCAUUCAAAUCACAACGUUUUUUUUUCUGAUGCGGCUUACUUUGAGUACAGAAGAACGUUCGAGACGCGAGCCGGUCGCUUUUUUUCGGGAAGGAGAGAUGAUGGGCCAGCUGGUGCCGUGACGCAUUGUUCCGAUGUCACAAGUUAUUUUUUUCGGAUGUUGCCAACGACGGCGGCUGGUCAUUCCUCCACUCUUGCGUCGAGCAGCCUGUACGUGUUUUUUUUUCAAGAUUUUCUUUUUUCUUCUCCCUUAAGAACCGCUUUUCCCAGAUAUAUGUGAAUUGUUAAAAAAGUUCAUCAUUAAUUUCUUCGUUUAUAAGUAAGGAUAUACUUUUUUAUGGUUUUAUUUCCAAAAACAUGAAAAAAAUGUAUUAGGUCAUUUUAAGCAAAAAAAAGUGUUUUGAUGGUAAGCUGUUCAAAAACGCAUCGAGACCAUUUCAUUCAAACAUCUUUCGAAAGCAUUGGCCAGAAAAAUUUUCCCAGGCCACGAGAUCUUGCGCCAUUUGAACUGGUGCCUAAAACGGACCAGCAGCCUUUUCUUUUGCACGGAACACGCUACGUUUUCUUUUUUUUUUUUGCUGUCAUAUAUCGAUGAAAAACGAUGUUUUUCUUCAGUAAAAUUGAAAGGAAAAGCCUCACAGUGCAAAACCUCUAUCAAAAACAGAUUUAUGAAGAGUUAGAUUGAACUAAUCGAUUUUUUUAUCGUGAAAUGCGCAGCCUCCGGAACAGAUUUUAGGGCGAACAACCGUCAUUUUGUUUUUCCUCGCCUUUUCUCCGGAGAGGUUCAACCUUUUCAUUCGUUGUUAACAUUUCUGAAUGUCUCAAAUGUUUUUAACGUAAGGAUUUCUUUUUCUGAAAAAAAGCUCGAAAAAUUACGUUCUAACGUGAUAAUGUUUUUCGUCGUUUUUUUCGAGACAGUGAUUUUAAAGCUAUUUCUAGCGUGCUUUAAAACUUUUUUCUUUUCACAUUUUUCUCGCCGAGUGGUACUUAUCUCCGAACUAUCUGUUUUGUAUGUUUCCGCUCCAUUCUUUUUCCUAAUAGAAACCUCAUUCCGUCCACUACUGUCCAUUUCUAUCAUCAUUUUGAUUCUAGGUGCAACUUUAGUCCAAUGGACCGUCAACAGCUCCCAUCAAAGUCUGCGUCUUAUGCUUCGAAAGUGUCCCGCUCUUUCUUGCGUGCACGACCCAUGGUAACCAGUAAGUUUAUGACUAGCCUUUGUGAGAAUUUUUUUGGGAGUUUAGAAAAACUGGUUAUUCAACUCGGUACCUACCGAAAAUAUUUAAAAAAAUCUCUGUUUUUUUCUUUAUAAGUUAUUUCCAGAGCUUCAUGACCUCAACAACCUGGACGAUUUCCCGCCUCUUGACCCAAAAAGUACUCUGUAAGUUCUAAGGACUACAUAAGUCUUGGUUUGACAGAAAAACUAGAAAGUAUAGCGAAUUACUUAUUCAGGAAUUUCGAAUUGAUACAGAAGGAAAUUCCUUAGGCAUUCUCCUUUUUAAGUUGAUUUCCCUCAAAAUACAGUGGAUAACAUUAUUUUGAAAAACUGUUCUUGAUCCAUGAGAUUUAUACAUUGUAAAACUGAAAAUGAAACUUUUUCUGGUUUUUAUAAUCCCUUUUAUCGAUUAAAAUGAAGAUAAUAUAACCAAAUUGAGGAUUUCAGGUCCUAGAGAAUCGCCCACCGUUGAUGAGUCGAACGUUGCUAGCAGCUCCCCGAAAACACUGGAAGAUAUUGCCAACUACAUAAAAAAUCUGAAGCGAAGCCCUUCUCCAGUGGACCGUCAAGCUUUCGCAACAGUCUCACGGAACUGUGGAAAUGAUGUGGAUGAGAAAAGUGAAUUACUUUUGAAGUUGAACAAAAUUGGUGUAAAAGGUGUUCGGUUCAGAAGUCGAUAGUUCUUGGCUUAGAGAUACCUUGACACAGCUUGCAUUCAGAUCAGUCUAAAAAAACUGCCCAUUUGGUCUUCUGCUAGGGUCAUUGUAUCACUGAAAGGCAAAAGUGCAGAUUUUUUUUUUCUUUUUUGGAGUUUUGAACUCAGGAAGUUUCAUCGGAAUUGCAUUCAGGCUUUAUUUCCUUUUUAUUUGAGUUAACUCUAAGCCGCCAAUGGAGUAAUCGAAUGUGAGUUGGGCAAAAUCGACAUGUUGGGAGAAUCGAGUAAACAAAAACAUCUGUUUUUUGGGGCGUCCGAGAUACCGCUUCUGUUUCCUCAUAUACAGAUCCGUGUGUGUAAAGAGAACGCGUCUCUUUUUGUUUAUGUGGAGAACUUUCCGGACGGUUUGCACACAUGUGUUAGGAACAUCAUCCAUACUAUUAAUCAAAAAAAUUAUUUUUUUGAUUCAAAAAUUUAUUUCGAAUUUUAAUUUACUUUGAGAACAAUCAAAGUUGAAAAAUCUGCAAAACUCAUGACCGAUUGUUUUUUUCAAUUUUCUUACUUGACAAUAUUCAAACACAUUGAAAGUUCAGCAAAAUAAAAAUUCGAAAAUCGACCAAAAAAGAGCUUUGAAAUAAGUGAAGCCGUUUUUUUCAGGAGAUUCCGGAAGCGCGGAGCAAAAGACUCAGUCGGCUCAUGUUCAUCCAAAAAGCACUUUUCAAAAAAAUUUAGUUCUUUUUUUCAAAAGGCAUACGCUGCACUCCAGUCAAAGGUUUCGUUUUUUUGAACGAUUAUUUAAUGAUUUAAUUUCAAAAAAAAUGCUCUCAACAUUAAAAUGGUUUUAAAAUUUUAUGUUUACUGUAAACUGAAUGAAAAAUAAUUUGAACCUCCGAAAUAAAUGUUUUAACAUUGAGAUAAAAAUAGGAAACCAAGAAAAAAGUCAUUUCGAGAUAUCGUUGUUAUCAUCGGUUUUCGAAGCUACUGAUGAAAAAAAAGGAGAAUGCUUUCGAGAGAACUUACCUUUGAGCUUUUAAACUGAAAAAUGCGUCGGGUAAAGGUUUUGAACAAAACUUUGCAGAGACUACCGCCAAGAGCAGCUUCUACGAAAAAGAACCUGAGAAGUUUGAGAAGAAGGUCGUGUUCAAUCGUACGCAGAAGACUAUUCCCAACAAAAAGGAUAAUGAGCGUCUUUCGAUUGGUAAGCCACAAGUUUAAAAAAACUACUUGAGUCGUCAGAAGGCUCAAAAACGUUCUGAGCGACUACUUUCAAAGAUUUGUCCCAAUGAAAGUUUUCUUUAUUUUUGAAAAGUAGUUUUUUCAUUCGCAUGAACUGCGGCGUAUUUUCUCGUGCUAACGCGGAAAAGAGUUAUAUUAAUGUGGCAAUAAAGAAAUACGCGCCGUUUUUUUGUCGGCUUUGCAAUUCAUCCAAGAAGCAGUAUUUUUUUAAGAGAACUUGUCUUUGUGCAUUAUUUUAUAUAUAAUUUAUUAAAGUAUAUUCUGCCUGACUAUAAAAAAAUAGCUUUGAUAACGUCUUUCCGAAAAACUGUAUUGGCGGACCUAGUUUUUCGCAUCAUUUUAAAAAAACUGCAACUCAACUGCAGAAUUUUUAUCACGUUUUAAUAUUAUGACUACCAAUGAUGUUUCUUCUUGAUAUUAUAUUUUUGAAUUUUUUUCUAACGCUAGUCACUCGGUAAAAAAAAUAUUUCAAAACCAAAAACACAAAUAAAUUGACGACAAAGAGUUUUUAAAGAUGCCAUUGAAUUGGACUCAAGUCAUAAACUUUUAAAACGGACUCUUCAGUCAUUAUACCCCCAUGUCUGCAACAAAAACAUUUUUCCUGCAUUGGAGCGCAAAAAAUGAGAGCCGUAUGAGCUUUCCGACCAUAGCAAUAACCCUCGCAAAUGCUGAGAUUCUCCCUCAGUACACCAAGAAUAGUAGGUUCCACUACUCCAUUGUUAUACAGAUUAGAAGAUAAACUUGAUGAGACUACUUAGAAAAAAACCGCGGCGGUUUGAUCUCAGCGCAGUACAGAAACCGACUCCGAAACGGGACAACCACAAAGAAGAAGAAGUUCAGAGUUUGGGGAAACUUUUAGGAAAUGCGACGCCAAGGCGAAAAAAAUGCCUCUAAAAAUUGCUUCACAAUAUCGCUUUUUCUUUUUCUGCGAAAAUGUCUCAGCGCAAAAUCAGAAAAAUUAGCUGCAAAGUUCGGCUUUUUCCGCUACAAAUCUCAGACAUGGUUCUUUGCAUUUAUCAUCCGUCUGAAUCAUUGGAUCAUUUGACAACCCAAAAAACUUUCAAAAACUCCAACUAGGCCCAGAUUUAGGUGUGACAUUUUAUUGAGUUCCAGGCGACUUAGUAUGUUAAAGAGAGUAUCCAUUCUCUACGUGGACGUUGCUGAUUAGUGAUAACCUUGUUUUUCUUUUUUUGAAAAAAUAAAGUGCAAUCAAAAAGACGCAUUUUUUUUCUGCCACCCUAAUAUUUGACUUGACUGAUUGACAAAUAUUUAUAAAUUUUUGUAAAAAUAUUCUUGGACAGUGCCAAGAUUCCUGAAUUCAAAAAGAUCAGUUUUGAAUGAAAUGUGAACGCUACGCCUUUCAUAUCCGCUAAAAGAGAUCUAAAAAACCAGAUGAACCUUGAAGAAGCUGUUGGUGCGUUGUUGUUUUUUUUACUCCCGAGAAAGAAGUAGCUGUAAAAAUACUAUUGGUUUUGCUUAGUUUGAAAAACUAAAAAUAAGAAGGUGAAUCAGUUGAAAAUAAUUUCAGGCUUUCACAAGGCGCAAGAUUCUGGAACGACGGAGAAAAAGUCGCGAGGGGUCGACGCCAUUGGACACGCGAAGGCCGGAAACGAAUCCGUGCAGGAUUCCGUUCACAAAUGA